CUUUGAGUUCUUGGUUUGUUUUCUACGGACAGUGUCAGUUAUUAUGAUAUAUUAUUAUUUGUAGUGGAAAUUAAUAUGUAACUUACGAUUGUCAAGUAGAUAUCUCUUGGUAUAAGUAGGACAGAUUAUUGUUUGUAGUUUACAGUUUGUCUUUUUUAAAUAUUUGUCAAAUCUAAGGAUUGUGAAGUUCAAAUGCCGAAAAUUGACAUUAAAUUUCUAUACGUAAACGGGUUAAUCAAUUCAUUAUUAUCGAUACAUAUCACGUCCCAUCACUAGUCACUAUAGAAAGAAACUAACAAGUCAAGUAACGAUUAAAAAUGGUUCGCAAGAAAUUAGAGUUCGAGGAGAGACCAAUAUGUAACGCAGUUACUGUUUACAGAUCAAGAGGACACUACUUGCAGCGUCUGGAACUGUUCGACAAAGCGAUACAAGCGUACAAUGAAGCACUCCGGUGGAAUAAAGAUGACGUCCACUCACUACUCGGCCGCAGCGUGGCGAGAGCGAAAGCGACGUAUUACAGCGGUGCUAUAGCGGACGCCAUUCGAGCUACUGAGAUCGAGCCUGAAAAUGUAUCAGCGCUGCACAUCAGAGCUCAAACGGCGUAUGAAACAUGUGCCUUUGAGCGUUCUCUUGUCUUGUCACACCGCGGGCAGUUGCUGAGGAAGCUGCCGCCAGACUUCGCUGAGUGUGCCAGGAAUGCCGAGGAAACUAUCAGAGUAUGCACCGGAGAAAGUGCAGGAAAGGUGUUGCAGUCAGCUCGUCUUCUACGUUCGGAGGUGUUUGAGGAGAUGGCCAAGGACGAAUUCACGCCGAUCGUCAUUAAACAUCACAGUCGAAUGUCACAUCAGGCAGAGCAUAAGGUCCAAGACAUGUCACGCAUCGAACAGCAGAAGAAAAAUCAAAUGACCCGUCUGAUGGCGUCGAAGUAUUUAGAAAGGAUGGCUCACGACAAAUACUUCCUUACAAGCUUGUGCAAGGAUGAGAGGUUGGCGUCAGCUAACAAGAAGGGAUCCGUGAAACUACAGGAAUUAGCUACUAAUGCGCUCAUGGACGUAGAAAACAGACAGGCUGUUUUACGCGAACGUCGACCCAUGUACGCGACGUCGCCUGCUGAGAGCGCUGCACGCGCUCGUCUCCGACAAGCCCGUAAAGAGCAGCGGGAAAAGGCGAGGCGUCAGAACGUGACGGAUGCCACUCGCCUUCUGUCUGCUGCUAUAGCUGUGCAGGAACAACAUGAUACUAACAAAUGUUUGGAGCUCGCCGAGUUCGCCAUGCAACAAAUAGCACGCAAGCCUGCCCACCUGCUGCCGGACAAAGAAAAGUUUCUGCAGGAGUUAUACGCGACUGUUGCUCUGGCUUUCCUGGAUCAGAAACGAGUCGCAGAAAGCAUGAGCGAGGCGGAUCGCGAAAAGAAAGCAUUUCUCAUGCUUGGCAUUGCAUUGUCGAGGGAACCAAGCAGGGAUUCGUUGUGGAGGGCUAGGCCUAUGGCUCCACACACUGAUGUCAAGACUCGCCUGCGCACCCUCGAGCGCUCCGUAGCCCUUGCCGAGCGCGCGUCCGAGCGUUGCUACAUCCUGCACGAGCUAGCGCGCCUAUACGCUGAUACCAAGAAGGCUCAGAAAGCUAGAUAUUAUUCUACAAAGUGCCAAGCAGAAGCACGAUCCUCAGGCCAAAGCGUGUGGCUCCUCAACGCUACCUUCCUGCUGGCACGAUGUCACAUCCUACAAAACAACAGACCUGACGCCCGGGCCGCGCUACUGGAAGGUUCCUCAAUGGCUCGAGCCUUUGGAUAUGGCGAUGUUUCCGAGUUCUUUGAUACGUGUGCCAAUGUCUCGACUGAAGGAGAAAUCUUGCUCUCCGAGGAGCCACUGUCGAAAAGAGAGAAAGACAUGGUGAGCCUGAUGCAGGAUGAUGACAUGAAAUCUGCCGCCGAACAUCUGUUUAGAAGGAUGUCUACAGUUCCUGUCGCCAGGCGCUUCUCAAUAAUGCCCGGAGCGCGCAUGGAGGCUGCGCCCGCGCCGACGGGCGGACGGCGCGCUUCGAUCCUGCCGCGCGCGCAGCCCGUGCGAUACUACAAGACCUCACACCCGCUCGGUUUCCAAGAUUUCGACAAUUAAUGCUUCUUAUUUUUUGUUUUUAUGAUUAUUCUUCGAAAUUUUUGUUUAAAAAAAGUAAAGUCAAUAAUCGUCUAAUCUAAUUUUGUGCACUAUAUUUUUCUUUCCUAUGGAUUUGGCGAAAAUGUUAAAUUAACAUUUAGUUUUAAAUUUAGUUUGACUGAGGUGUUAAAAGUCAAAAUUUAAUUUAAUUUAAAUUAAUUUUCUUCAAGAUUUGUACGGUGUGUAAAUUUAAUCGAGUAUUUUAUGUACCUAUUGAAAGAAAUGUCAUUGUUAACCCAGACAGACAGCACUAAACUAUUUUUUUUUACUCUGAAAUAAAGGUACAGUAUUAAUUC